AUGGCUGACCAAAAGACUUUAAGAGAGCUUGCAGCACCUGACAUUAAUUAUAAUUCACUUUGUAUUAAAUACCCUAAUGUUGCUGUAGCUUUCGAAUUAAAGUCGGGCCUAAUACACCUGUUGCCCAAGUUUAGCGGUCUUUCCGGUGAAGACCCCCAUAGGCAUCUGAAGGAAUUUCAGGUCGUGUGCUCUACACCCUUGAGACCUGAAGGAAUCACCGAAGACCAUAUCAAGCUAAGAGCCUUCCCUUUCUCACUCCAAGGAGCUGCAAAGGACUGGUUAUACUACCUUCAGCCAAACACUGUUGCAAGCUGGACUGAUCUGAAAAAGCUUUUCCUAGAGAAAUACUUCCCUGCUUCUAGGGCCGCAUCCAUAAGAAAGGAGAUAUGCGGCAUCAGACAAUGUGACAGCGAGUCACUUUCUGAAUACUGGGAACGAUUCAAACAAUUAGUGUCCAGUUGCCCCCAACACCAGAUCUCUGAGCAGCUACUUAUCCAGUACUUCUACGAAGGACUAUUACCCAUGGAUAGGAAUAUCUUAGAUGCUGUUAGUGGCGGAGCCCUUGUCGAUAAGACACCCGCUGCAGCGAAGGCUCUCAUUGAGAACAUGUCUCUAAACUCCCAACAAUUCACCACUAGAAGCAAUUCUGUGGUUCUGACAAAAGGAGUGAAUGAAAUUCAAGCCUCCCCUCCCAACAAGGCUAUAGAAAUCAGACUUGACGAGCUUACCUCUCUAGUGAAGCAGUUGGCAUUAGGAAAGACCCGGACUGUAGGAAGAGUGUGUGGCAUUUGCACCUCCCCUGAGCACCCGACAGAUAUAUGUCCCAUCCUACAAGAUGAAUCCAUAACUGAGUUUCCUCAAGCAUACGCAGCAAAUGUGUACAAUCAAGGCAACAACCAAAAUAGAUACAAUGCUCCUGACCUUUCCACUAAUAGAUAUCAUCCCAACUGGAGAAACCAUCCAAACCUGCAGUAUGCUACUUCUGGAUCUUCACUAGAGGACAUCGUCAAGCAAUUGGCCGUGCAAAUACAGACAACAAAUGCAUCCAUGAACGAUCUGAAAACACUGGUCGGACAACUAGUGACUACUAUGAACCAAAUGCAAACUCAGAGCUCCAGGAACCUCCCUGACCAAACUGUACCUAACCCAAAUGUUAGUGCAAUCACUCUUAGGUCUGGCAAGGAAGUCGACGCAGCAGUAGAAGCAAGUGUUGAUAACAGUGGAGAAAAAAAUGAUAAAAAUAAUAAAAAUAAGUCAACUCCUACACCUGUACCCACACCUACCCCUGAACUUGAUGAAGAUGAGGAGCAGUCCAUACCACUUCCCUUCCCUCAAAGAGCUGUCAAAAGCAAAAGGGAGCAUCAGUUCGACAUGGAUAGGGAGAUCUUGGAUGUUUUUAAGAAAGUUGAAGUAAACAUCCCUCUCCUUGAGGCUAUCAAACAAAUCCCGAAAUAUGCCAAACUCCUCAAGGAGAUGUGCACAAACAAGAGGAAACUAAAAGGGAACUCGAGAGUUAAUAUGAGUAGGAAUGUCUCUGCAAUCAUACAUCAGACAGACUUGCCCGAGAAAUGUGAAGAUCUUGGAGUCUUUACUGUCCCUUGUACCAUAGGCACUACCGAAUUCGGAAGUUGCAUGUUGGACUUAGGCUCCUCCAUAAAUGUUAUGCCUACAUCUAUAUAUAACUCUCUUUCCCUUGGUCCCUUGCAGCCUACAGGUCUUGUCAUUCAGCUUGCAAAUAGAAGCAUCACCCGCCCUAAGGGUAUUAUCGAGGAUGUGCUUGUUAAAGUUAAUGAUCUAAUCUUUCCUGCCGAUUUCUACAUCCUCGACAUGGAAAGAGAAACAAGUUCCAGUAAAGGAACCCUCAUUCUAGGAAGGCCAUUCAUGAGGACCGCUAGAGCUAAAAUUGAUGCUUAUGCAGGGACACUUUCAAUGGCGUUUGGGAAUCGUGUUAUCCGCUUCAACUUAUUUGAUGCUAUGAAACACCCGCAUGAAGAACACUCUGUCUUUGCAUUAGAUCUAUUUGAUGGGUUGAUAGAUAAUGAGUGCGCUGAUGAGUUUAUUAAUGGUUUUCCAUCUAUUGUUGGUUUUGAUGACACUUUCACUGGUCAGGACAGCACUAAUAUUGAAAUUUGUUCUGUGUAUGCUAAAAUUAAUGACAAUCAUGUUGCUACUAAUAGCACUGACACUAUUAGCACAUACACUGGCACUUCUAACACAAUCACUGUUGCAAACAUUGACAUUCUUGGUGGCUCCUCCACGAUACCACAAGAGUCCAAAGUUCAAUCUGAUCAAGAUGAAUUAUAUGCUGCUCUUGGAAUAGAUCAAUCUGCUGAAAUUUUUUCUUGUGAAUGUGGUAUUUGUAAUGUUUGUCUUGAGAUCAAUGCAGCUAUUUUAGGUGAAGACAUUUUGAUGCUGACAAUCACUUGUGCAGAAAUUCAAACAAAUUCAAUAACUCUUGAAGUUGACACCAAAAAUGUGGAUUUUAGUCGGAAGCAACUAUUGCCUAUAGUAGAAAAAUUGUUGGUGGAGCCUCUGAUUAAGCCACGCGACAAGCAGUUGUUCUUCACAAUCUAUGCAUCUCUCCCACCUAUUUUAUCUGACUCACAAGCUCAAUUUGGCUUCUCUGUUUUCCACGUUUUUGUUAUUGCAGGUCCACCAUAUUUUGUACUAUUAUACAAGUUCACGUGGUAUUUGCUUUUUCUUGUUUCAUGUGUUCGUAGUGCAGAAAGGCCUCCACCAAAACCGCCAGACAUGGACUUUCCAGCUGCUACAGCUUAG